CGGUAUUUGUUUUUUAAUGUGAAUGUAAAAUGCUUUUUACAUAGUGUUAAACAAAUUCCAUUUGUCGAUAAAGAAAAUGAACCGGUUAGUUCAUGGUUUUGUUAUUUUUGCAAUGUUGGCGAGUUGUUCUGGAAGCCAUUUUCGAGGUGGAACAAUAACUUGGAAAUCAACAGGACAUGGUUUCGAAGUGGAAUUCAGUUCAAAGCUAGGAUGGGUGGCUGGAAUGUACUGUUCGAUAGCGACGGUCGGCUCGGGUCGGAAUGGAUCGGAAGCUUCAUGGAAAUGUGUGAAAGGUUGUUUGGUACCGGUGUUUGUCAAUGUCAACCAGACAAGUUUUCAGUGCACCGGUUUUAAUUUAGCGCAAAAAUGGGAACGAACAGAGGGCGUCUUCAAAUACACAUUUCCUGGAGCUGGACCGUUUGAAGUUGAGUAUUCCAGCGGUGCUUGGAUAGCCGAAGUUGGUGGCGGGUCCUGGACACUUAAGACUAUAGUUGAUCUAAGAGACCGUUCGGACACUGGUGCUCCUAACCAUAGUCCAAUAAUACCAUCUAAACCUGUUUAUUUCAUCAAAUACGGUUGCACUGGUGAUAUUGUUCUACCAACUAUUGACGAGGAUAACGACAACGUCACGUGUAGAUGGUCUGUUGGAAACGAAUGCUCGUCCAUAUGCCAUCACAACGGAUAUGCACAAGUUGCAACACUUAAUGAGGAGACAUGCACUCUUACGAUAAGCGCCAACUUAAAGAUAAACGACAGUUACGCAGUGGCAAUAACCAUAGAGGACAGACCAAAGACAUCCAUUACAAUUGGGGGAAGCCCCUAUGCUGCUGGAACAGUUAUAUCAUCUGUACCUCUGCAGUUUAUUCUAGUAACACCCGAUAUGCCGUCAAGAAAUUGAGACGACAGACCCGAAUUUGUUGAGCCAACUCCUUCAGAGAAAGACCUACUUGUGUACCAGAUUGGAGAUGUGGUUUUCAUCAGUUUUUACGCUACGUCUCGUGCGGCAAGAAUCACCUCCUUCACGCUGCUAGACCCGCCCCCUAAUGUGAAGCAGUCCACUCUGGGAAAUGACGGUAAGUUCCGCCCAGGGGUGUUUGCUGUUGACCUUUCUUGGAUCCCGACUGGGGCCGAAACAGGA